AUGAACUGGCUCAAGUCUACCCUCGCUUCCGUUGCCGGGACUCAGGAACCGAUCUAUGGCCCUGAGGCCUUCCGGUCCGUCGCCCGCCAGACGGAGGAGACCCCUUAUACUGAGCUCGCCCGCGAUGACCUCCGCUGGAUCGCUCACCAGUAUACCAAUGUCGAGACCCAGGUCUUCUAUGUCAUGGGUGACGAUGGCACCCUCGCCAUGGCCCAGAUCAUCUACAGCAACAUCGCAGGUAUCCAUACCACCGCCCAGUUCACCUCGAAGAUUUUCAACCUCGCCGGUGACGCGCCCCACAACUGGCACUCCGACCCCCUCUCCAACUUCAUGUUUGACGAGAGCAUGCAUUCCUUCGGCGCCGACAACCUGGCGGUCCAGCUCAGCGAAGACGGCGAGAGCUACAGCAUCAAGUCCGCCGUGAACGAAGACAGCCUGGUGAACCUGACCUUCAAGCGCACCUCCCCCGGCUUCGUCGUCGGCAAGGACGGCACCUCGUACUACGGCACGGAUGCCCAGAACCCGUGGGGAUCGAUGAGCCACGCCUUCUGGCCCCGCUGCGCCGUGGAGGGCACAAUCACCACCCAGGAGAAGACCUAUGACCUCACGGGCCGGGGAAUGUUCAUCCAUGCCCUUCAGGGCAUGAAGCCCCACCACGCGGCCGCACGGUGGAACUUCAUCAACCUCCAGACCCCGACCUACUCGGCCAUCAUGAUGGAAUUCACCACCCCUCCCUCGUACGGCUCGACCGUGGUCAACGUCGGCUGCAUCGUCAAGGACGGAGAGAUCAUCUACGCCGGCUCCACCAACAGCGCGGCCCACACCGAGACAAUCCAGGACCAGGAAAGCGACUGGCCCGAGCCCAAGCAGAUCAAGUGCGUGUGGGAGGGCAAGUCCAAGAACGGCGACGAGGUCCGCGCGGAGCUGGAUGCCGCCCUUGGCAAGCGCCUGGACCGGAUCGACGUGAUGGCCGAGGUUCCCGGCUUCAUCAAGACCAUUGCGGGCAGCGUCGCGGGCACGCGACCAUACAUCUUCCAGUAUGCCCCCCAGGAGAAGCUCACGCUCAAACUCAAGGUCGGCGACACCGAGGUCACCGAGGAGGGAAGCAUGUUCUCCGAGGCGACGUUCAUUUCAUAG